GUUGAGGAGGAGAUCGAGACCCUCCGACUUGUCCUAAAUGCCAAAGUUCAGCGGGCCGCCGAGCUGCGUCGGAGGCUAGGGAUGUAUGACUUCGGCGUGGCCAAGGAUGAUUUCAGGCGGACAGUCGAAACCGUGAAGAACUCCCAGGCCUACCAGAAGACUACAAGCGCGGUGAAGACUGCUGCCUCAAAGACCUCCGAGGUGGUAUCUAAGCAAUGGACAAACGUCCGGUUCGUUGUUGGAGUUCUUUUGGAUAAAGUUCUGGAAUGCUACAAUUCGGGCUGUAACUAA